CUAAGUUUUUAUGAUCGUCAAAUGAAAUGUGCCCAUUUUGGUUGUGUAGAGACGGCGCACGUGGCGCCCUUGAUCGCCGCUGCGCUGGUCAUCGCGGCGCUCCUAGUCAUCCUGCUGUGCCUCAUCAUCAGGUGCCGGAGACGACGAGAAAGCGUUGAAUACAAGACUGAUGACUUAGAUAGUGAGAAAACAGUGCUGCCAGCGGACGCGGUAUAUUCCCCGCAACAGGCCGGGCGGCCGGCGACGCAGCCCAACCCGGCGGCGGCGGCGCGCUCCGCCGGCGUGACGUCACGCUACUCGCCCGGCGCGCUGCAGGUGCGGCGCGCGGCGGUCGUGCUGCAGCCCCCCACCACCGUGUGACUGUGCACAGGCCGCGUUGACGUCAUUGGAGAGAGAAGCCAAAGAAAAUGUGUAUGCGGUCUUAGACCCGCAUAUACAAUACGAAGUAACGAUUAAUAAUCACGGAGAGCCGCCUAAGUAUUUUUCGUUGUCCAAGCCUCUAACACACCAAAGAACGCACGCUUUCGACCCGCAAAUGAUCAACGAUGAAAUUAACAAUAACGUUAACGAAAACAGAUUCUCCACCUUCAAAUCUGGACCACCCAAAGCUAGAAGAUCUAACAAGUCCAGCGAAGGCAAAGGUAUUGUGAACGAUCGAGUCUAUGUUUGCAAAACCAAUAAUGAUAUUGAAUAUUCCAAAAACCCAU